CCACAGUCACGUGGUUUUGUUAUUGUAGGAAGUGAAGAUGGCUGCUGAGUCGUUUCUCUCCGAGUCAGCUCUUGGUUGGUCUAUUUUCACCUUUAUACUAUUGGUCAUCCUUGCUUUCUGUUGGGUCUACAUCCGCAAAUUUCAAAGUCGCCAGGAGAGUGAAGUUGUUUCAACCAUUACGGCAAUAUGUGCACUGGCUAUAGCGCUAAUAACAUCUGCACUUCUUCCCGUGGAUAUCUUCCUCGUCUCCUUCAUGAAGCACCCGAAUGGCACCUACAAGGAAUGGGCUAUAAACAAUGAGACAAGAGCCCAAAUUGAAGAUACUGUUCUGUAUGGAUAUUAUGCACUUUACUCCAUCAUCCUCUUCUGUGUGUUUCUAUGGAUCCCUUUUGUUUAUUUCUACUAUGAAGAAAGAGACGAUGACAAUGUCAACAGAUGCUCGCAAGUCAAAAACGCUCUGAAGUACACGAUUGGAUUUGUACUUGUCUGCGUGGUGUUGCUAUUAAUUGGAGCAUUUGUGCCCCUGGAGGCUCCACCACAACAGAAUGCCACACAGUGGGAGAAAGUUCAAUACCUUUUUGAGGAACUUGGCAGCGGCCAUGGCCUACACGCUCUUGCUUUCUCCAUCAGCACUCUGACUCUGAUCGGGAUGCUGGCAGUGAUCACUUACACAGCAUAUGGAAUGUCUGUGUUGCCUUUGAAUCUGAUAAAAGGCACACGGAGUGUGGCAUAUGAACGCCUGGAGAACACAGAGGACAUUGAUGAUGUCGAGCAUCAGAUCGAGAAGCUGAAAUCCAAGUGUCGAGAUGGACGCCCUUUGUCAUCACGGGACAGAAACCAUCUGCAGGAACUCGAAGAAAAGUUGCAGGUCCUACAGCGGAGAGGGAGACACUUGGAAAUUGCUGAGAGGAACUGCUGCAACAAAAUGGGUAGUGCUCUCAGACCUUUUAAAAUUAUACUGGGCAUUUUCUUUAUCCUGGUUGCUCUGCUGUUUUCUGUUGCGCUGUUCAUUUCAAAUCUGGAUAAAGCUCUUCACUCUGCUGGGAUCAGCUCUGGAUUUAUAAUCUUUGGCACCAAUCUAACCAAUCCUUUGAAUGAACUUCUAUUAGCUUUACAGCCUGUGUUUCCAUUGGAUUAUAUCCUGAUUACAGUCAUCACAGUGUAUUUUGUACUCACAUCCAUGGCGGGUAUUCGCAACAUGGGCAUCUGGUUCUUUUGGAUAAGGCUGUACAAAAUUCGACCCAAAAGAACACGUCCCCAGGCUCUUCUCUUCCUCUGUAUGAUUUUGCUUUUGAUUGUUCUCCAUACCAGCUACAUGAUCUACAGUCUUGCACCUCAGUACGUGAUGUACGGCAGCCAGAAAUAUCUCAUAGAGAGUCCGUCGGGCCUUACUUCAGGGAACACUUCAUUCAGCACUACCAGGGUCUGUGAUGCCAAUGCGCCUGAGGACCAAUGCAUUGUAACCAGGUCAUAUCUUUUCCUCCACAAGUUUUGGUUCUUCAGUACCAUCUACUACUUUGGGAACUGGGCCUUUAUUGGGGCUUUCCUCAUCGGCCUGGUGGUGUCAUGCUGCCGGGGGAAGAAGUCUGUGAUUGAAGGCGAGGUGGAGGCCGAUGACUCAGACGUCAGCGAUGAUGAAUAUGUGCACUGAGGAGGUCUGCUCCCGGACAACGUGACUGAAGAUGUUGAAAUUCAGAGGACGUCCUCCAAGGAAAUGCAUAGAGAACCGUAGACAUCAAGACAAAGCUUGUAUGCAAAUUGUGCAGUUACUGAAUUAUUUCUGGAGCAGAGAUUUUUAAACCUUUUCAGCACAAGACCCACAUUUUCAUUGAGUAAACAAUAUCGAUGAGUGAUAAAGAUAAGAAUGUAUUGAAAUAAAAUAAAAAAUCAAUUUGCCAAGAAAUUGUUUGUCUGUAUUGUAUCUUAAUUUUUGACCCAUUUGAGUUACAACUGUUUGGAAAUCCCUGCUCUAGACCCUUAACAUGGCUGCCCAUCACCUCUAAAACUCCUUUUGUGCUAAAUACUACUAUAUGAAACAAAUUUCUCAUACUGCUUUAAUUUCCUCUUUUGUUCACCAAGACUCUGACUUAAACUGUUCAAAUUGCAUACGGUACUGAACACGUUAAGCUGACCAUCAAGCGGUCUUGUUUUCACAUCACAUUUCAUUAAAUGUUCUCGGUUCAAAUUAUUUUUCCUGCCUGUAUUAAAGAUGUGGGGGGGUGUGGGAGAUAAUUAGUUUUAUUAGAACCAUUCCCUUUUUUUUUGUAAGCGGCACAUAUUUUUUGGGUUUCUGUUUGAUUAUCAUUGAAUUGUUUUUCAUUUCAAAGAGAGUGCAUCUGGCUGAUUUACAAAUAGAUCUAAUAGACACUAUGAACUUGUUCAAAUAGUUUUGCAUAAUAAAUGUGGAUCACAAUGAUGUGCAAAAAUAAUCUGAAGUUAAAUUAAGAUCAUUUAAGAUGGUGAAAUCAACUGCUGUGAUGAGUUGUACAAAGUAACAUGUGUUGACAUGCAUUUAAAAAAAAUAAAUGACUUCAAAUACA